AUCUAAAUUUAUCCACAAGAUUGUUCAAGAGGUCUCAAGAAUAGCAAAUCGUGCAUACUUACAUGUUGCCAAAUAUCCGGUGGGAAUAGAGUCUCGUAUAGAAGAUAUCAAUAUGCUUUUAGGUAUUGAGAUGAAUGACACACGCAUGAUAGGUAUCUUCAGGGUUGGUGGAAUUGGUAAGACAACUAUCGCCAAAGCUAUCUAUAAUCUUAUUGCUGAUCAGUUUGAAGGUGCUUGUUUUCUUGCAAAUGUUAGAGAAACUUCAAAACGAGAGGGUGGUCUCAUCCAAUUGCAAGAGACAGUUCUUUCAAAGAACCUAGGAGACUCAAGUUUGAAGGUUGGCAAUGUUGAUCGAGGAAUCAAUUUGAUAAAAGAAAGACUUUGUCGAAAAAAGAUUCUUUUAGUUCUUGAUGAUGUCGAUCAGCUAGACCAAUUGGAAAAAUUAUGUGAAAGAUGUGAUUGGUUUGGUUUAGGAAGUCGAAUCAUCAUAACAACAAGGGACAAACAUCUACUAGCUAUGCAUGAUAUAUAUUUGACAUAUAACAUGAAGGAAUUGGAUCACAAUGAAGCUCUUCGACUCUUUUGCCAGAAUGCCUUCAAAAGUGACAAACCCAAUGACAAUUUUGUGGAACUCACAAAAGAUGCACUAAGCUAUGCUGAUGGUCUUCCACUUGCUUUAAUAGUGGUGGGCUCAAAUCUAUAUGGUAGAGAUAUAUCAUAUUGGAAAAGUGUAUUGGAAAAAUACAAAAGAAUUCCAGAGGAAAAUAUUCAAGAAAAAUUAAGAAUAAGUUAUGAUGGAUAAGAGUCAAAUGAGAGAAAUAUUUUCCUUGAUAUUGCAUGUUUUUUCAAAGGAGAGGAUGCAAGAUAUGUCACUAAAAUAUUGGAUAGUUGUGGCUUCUUUCCAAAUGAUGGUAUCGAAAAGCUAAUCGACAAAUGCCUCAUAAGUAUUAAUAAGUAUGAUAGAUUGACCAUGCAUGACUUGUUACAAGAUAUGGGUAGAGAAGUUGUUCGACAAGAGUCACCAAGAGAGCCUGGCAGACGUAGUAGGUUAUGGUUUCAUGAAGACGUUCGUUAUGUACUUGAAGAAAAUACAGGAACAAAUGAAAUUGAAGGCAUAUUGAUAGAUUUGCCUGAACAAGACAAGAUAUACUUGAAUCCUGAGGUGUUCAUGAAGAUGAAAAAGCUUAGAUUAUUUAUAAAUCGUAAUGCACACUUCUCACAAGGACCUACUUAUCUCUCUAAUGAGCUAAGAGUGCUUGAUUGGCCUGAAUAUCCUCUGCAUUCUCUACCAUCCAAUUUUCAUGGAAAGAAACUCAUUGCUUUUAGAGUGCAUAAAAGUCUCAUCAAGGAGCUCGGAGAAGGAUUGAAGAAUUUUCAAAACUUGACAGUUAUGGAUUUCUCUGAGUGUCAAUUUCUAACAAGCAUUCCGGAUCUUUCAAGGAACCCAAAUUUAAAGGAGUUGACUCUUGAUAAUUGCUCAAAUUUAGUUGAAGUUCAUCAUUCAAUUGGAUUGCUCGAUAAUCUUGUUUCUUUGAGUCUCUAUCAAUGCAAUAGCCUCAGGACUUUUCCUAGAAGGCUCAAGUUGAAAUCUUUAAAGACACUUUACCUUGAAGGUUGCAUAAGGCUUCAAAACUUCCCUGAGUUUGACUGUACAAUGGAAUCUUUAAAAUUCAUUAACUUUGCCUACAUUGCUAUAAAAGAAAUGUCUUCAUCCAUUGGGUAUCUCACUGGGCUUCAGGAUUUACAUAUAGAAGGUUGCCAAGACCUUAUGCAUCUCCCAAAUAACAUUCUUCAGUUGCAACAGCUAAAGAUUCUUUCACUAGGAGAUUGUUCAGGUCUUCAUAAGAUUCCAAACAAGGUGAAGGGGAAAGGACAAUGCAACAUGCACUCUGUUGUGUCUACUAAGGAAUAUGAAAUUUCAUCAUCAAGUGUAGAAUAUCUCUCAUUACCACAUUUGAAUUAUGAAAUUGGCCCCUUAUCAAAAUCAGAUUUCCUUUUGGUACUAAAUUGCUUUUCUACUUUGGAAGAAUUAGAUCUAUCCAGUAGUGAUAUUGUUAGUCUUCCAACAUCCAUCAAAAGAGUUAAUGGAUUAAAACAACUUAAGUUGGAGAGCUGCAGGAAACUUCAAGAAAUUCUAGAGCUUCCACCCAAUAUAGAAGAGGUGUAUGUUAAUGGAUGCAUCUCAUUGGUAAGGUUUCCCGAGGUAUCAAGAAAGUUUCAAUUCAAUACUUGCAACUUAAAGGCACUUCGAUGGAUUGAAUUGUUCGGAUGCUAUAAAAUGUUUGUGAAUAUAGGGAUUCAUGUGGCAAAUCCUUUAUUAGAUGAGGGACAUCUUAAUGACUAUCUUGGCGGCAUUAUAUUUCCGGGAAGUAUGAUUCCUGACUGGUUAAUCCAUUGUAAGGAGGCUUCAAAUACUCGAUCAUGUGAAAUAGAUAUUGAUGGGCUUCUAUAUGGCGGUGAGAUUAUAGGAAUUGCUUUGUAUGCUGUUGUUGGACCUAUUUUUGUGAUCUCUACAGAAACUCCCCUUCAUCUUCUUAAUGUUGACAUCACCUGUAACGGCGUAAGAAAGCUUUGUAAAGAAAGGAUACUUCACUCAUGGGGUUUAGAUCAUGUAUGGUUGGAGUACUCUGCUCUAGAACCUUUCCAGCUUAAAGGGAAAAGUCUAAAUGUCAAGUUUACUUGCAUUUCAAGCUCAUUAUCCCUUAAACGUUGUGGAGUCCAGUUGGUGCAUAAGCAUGCAGAUAAUGCUAAAGAUCAUUCAGAUGUGUUCUAUGAAUAUGAUUGCAACUUGGAAUCUGAAUAUUAUCCACAACAGAAGAGGCGUACUACAACCUUGGAUAUCGCAAAUUCGAACUUAGAGGAUACUCAACUCGGAUUGCACAUCAUGCCACCAUUUGCUCAGAAACAAACUACUUGGUCUUGGCCAACUUCACAUGAGGCUGGUGAAAGCUCAUCUAGACAGGUGGCACGACCUUUCUGGAUGGAAACUCUGUUAUCGGAGAUGGAUUGUAGGAUGGAUGCACAUGUUGCACCAAUGCAGAGACAGCUUGAAGAUAUUGCAUCUAGACUCAAGAACACAGAGAUUCAACUCCAAGAUCUACAGAGUGCCUUCAAGGAAAAUGUACCAUAACCAGCAGAUGAUUGAUCCUACAGGGCUUUGAUUCACAUUCUAUUUCUACCUGCUAACUUUUUAUUAUCUUUGGACUGUACUAUACUCAUUUUGAGCAUGUUAUUUAAGCAUGUUUUUGUGUCUGUUACAAUCAUAAUGUGUUGCCUGUUGAUUGUACAUCCUUUAUGUAUUAACAAGUGCAUUCUAAUGUUGAGUUUGUAAGAACC